GGGUAGUCGUCGUAAUUCCGUAUAUUUUGAUUUAUUCUUCAUUGUUAAGUUGUUUGAUAGUUACUAUUGUAAUUACUAAUUUGUAAGUCUUUCAUUCUUUGUGUGCUUUGAGUGUUUGGAAAUUUAACAAAUAUGUAUUAGGCACCAAUUGACCAAUCAUAUUAAUAUAUACUUUUUUGUAAAUAUAGUUAGAGAUAUCAAUUAUCAUCUACCUAUUCAUAUCGAUUCUUUGAAUUUCUUUCCUCUCGGUUGAACCAUUUUUAAAACUCACUUACCUGUAUUGUAUUUUGAUUGACUAUGAUUUUGUCGUCAAUAAUGAUACAUUAACUACGUUGUCUAUAUUAUACUGUUUCCACUGGAUAUAUCAAUAAUAUUAGCAAACAAACACUGAUUUUUCUCCUUCAAAAACAAUGGAUCAAUUAUCAUUAACUAUGAAAUAUGAUGAACAUUUCAGACAUGUGUUGGCUUUAUUGGACACUACUGUGGAAAGAGACUAUAAAGCCAAAAUCAUAUCAUUGGAUGUACUCAGUGUACAAUUUAAAGAUCAUGGAAGUGACAAAGAAAUAAUGAAGAAAAAACUACAGGAAAUGCGUAUUGAGUGCGAACGACUUAUGCAUAAUCUUAAAAGUUCCAAUCGAUUAUUAGAUGAAGCAAAUAAGGAAAAGAGGCAUGCUGAAGUUGAACGAGACAAUAUGGCCCAGAAACUUGAAAAUUUCUAUAGAUUAUUUAAUAGCGCUAAUAAUUCCAAUAUAAAUCGAUCUGGUUCUCCAGUAUUUCAAUGUGAAGCAGAAAGGUUUGAUCAAAUACCACGUCAAGAUACAACUGAAUCUGUAUUAUCAGACAUAAGUUAUUCAAGGGUAGAAGAUAGUUUGGAUUCUGACAAGAAUUUUGAAGAUGCUAUGGAUCGCUGGGAACCUGAAGUAUUUGAUACUGUAAAAAGAAAACGAACAUCCGGUCUUUCAAACCCCAAUGGAAUGAUGAAAGAAAUUGAGACUACUACAACUACCUCGUCAACUCAAAUAGUUGCAACCACUACUGUUACAAUGCAGCCAUUCACAAGAAACAUCAGUGCAAAAUCUGUUAUUGAAACCAAACCAUCUAACCUUUUUCCAACACCCAGUGCACCACCUAUAUCUGACUCUUUGGAUUCAUUUGACUCUGAUCCAUAUGGUAAUGAAAAUAAUCAAAAUAUUCCCAACACAAUACAUUCAAGUUCAGCACUAAAUAAAUUGAACAAUAGAGCUCACAAUUUUACUCAAAAAAGUGUUAUCAUUCCAGAAAUAUGUGGCCCAUGUGGGAAAAAAGUUAAAUUCAAUCGUGUUGUGGUGAAAUGCUUAGAUUGCAAAGCAACAGCACAUUUGGAACACAAAGAUAAAAUUCCUUUACCGUGUAUUCCUGUAAAAAGUACACCAAACAAAAAUGGCGGGCGAAUAGCUGAUUAUUCGCCAAUGGUUAAUGGCCGCCCAAUGAUACCUGCAUUAGUCAUCCAUUGUGUGAACGAAAUUGAACAAAGAGGAUUUGAUACUGUUGGACUGUACAGAAUACCUGGCUCAGAAAAAGACGUUAAAGCACUAAAGGAAAAAUUCCGUAAAGGAGUACCUAAUUUGUCUGAUGUCGACAUACAUGUUGUGUGUGGUUGCUUUAAAGAUUUCUUGAGGACUCUUGAUGAUCCACUAAUUCCCCACUAUGAUUGGAAAACUUUUACUGAUGCUGUCAGAAAUUCAAAAGAUGAAACUGAACACAGGCUAUAUCAAGCCAUAUCACUAUUGCCACCGCCCAAUCGUAACACACUCGCAUACAUAAUGUUGCAUCUACAAAAAGUGGCUGCAACACCUGACUGUAAAAUGCCUGUUGGAAAUUUAGCCCGAGUAUUUGGUCCAACAAUUGUUGGUUAUUCAAGCGAAGUUUCUGAAAAUCUGUAUUUUGAUUGCGAAUUGAGUAAUAAAGUCGUUGAAGAAAUGCUGAAACUAUCGCCUGACUAUUGGUCAAAUUUUUUAAACAAUUUAGUACCUCUGCGUGCACAAAAUACACCUGUGAAACGCACUUCUUCCCGUCCAUUACAGCCCACUCAUACUCCAAUGUCUAAAAACAACAGAAUUUUUGGUUCUAGCACAAAAAGACGAUAUUUGGAAUCUCCGCGAUCAGUCAAGGCUGCUAGAAUCAAACAACUUGAAUCAAAAAAAAAAUAAUUCUUUAGUGAUAUUUGAUAAUUUUUUUUUUUUUGGUUUUUCAACUUCUGUUGAGUCAAAAUUAAAUACAAAACAAAUACUAAAUUAAGUUAUCACAAUACUUAUGUUUACUAAUAAAUUUAUCUAUAAUUUUUCAAACGAAACUAAUGAAGCUGAUGAAUAUUUAUCAGGUUUAUUUUUUGUCACAUUUAGGAAUUUUUUUAAAAUGUGCUAACAGAAACACAUUUUUACAUUACUGUUGUAUAAUUUUCAAUCAUCAUUGUUUUCAAUUUUUUUAUAAUCUGUGAUUUUCUUUUUUACCCUAAUUUUAAUUUAUUUACCUACGAACAAAAUAUAUUUUAUUGCUUAUAACUUAUAUAAAAAACCGAACAAUAUAUUAUAUAUUAAGUCUACAAUAAGUAAUGAACAAUUUAUACGUAUGUUUAAAUUAACCUUAGUCUUUAAUUUUUUUAUAUAAUAUAUACUAUACUAGCAUAAUAAAUAAACAUACAAUAUUGGUAUUUACUAUUUA